UUAGUGCGGAAGCAGUAUGUGAGAUCUCAUUUACAAACAUUGCUGGGCAGCUCAGAAAAAGGGAACUAAAUCCCUGUAAUUAUCUAGACUAUAAUUCUGUUCAUCACCACAUUGCUGCAGUAAAUGGAUUUUUUGCAGAAAAUAACUGAAAACAACAUGAAGUCCCAGCUCCUUGUUUUCCUAUCUCUCUUCUGUUUCUGGACUGCCUUCUCUGAGGGGAGAGACACACAAUCAAUAUCCAUUACCAGCCCACAGACUCCUACAACUAUCUUGACUACACCUCCUCCCACCAUGCUUCCGGAUAUGCCAAAGGACACUGACAAAGAGGAUGGUCUCCCGGAUGAUGUUCUGAAGAUAAUUGGACAAGCAGACAUCCGGAGUAUUGGUGACCUGGAACAUCUCCUGGGUGUCGAAGCCAAAGAUCCUGCUGGCAUCAGACCCAGAUCCAGAACAGGUGUGCCACGUUGGCGGGAUUCAUACAAAAGUACUCACGAUUACCUUCGACAACAGGCUCUCAAUGACGAACACUCGCCUCCGUGGCAUCACCCAGUAUUACCACAAGAGCUUCCGCCACAGAACCAGCAACCAGCAUUUAAAGAAGUGCACAGCAGACCAAAAGCAGCUGGAUGCAAAACAAGAAUAGUCACGGUCGAUGUUCCUCGGUAUAAAGUGGACCCCACUUCAGUGGGCUUCUUCCUGUGGCCAUCGUGUGUUGAAGUACAGCGCUGUUCCGGUUGUUGUAACACCAAGACUUAUAAAUGCAUUCCGUCUCAUGCAAGUUACAGAUCCUUUCAGAUUGCCAAGUUAUCUUAUCGAUAUGGUCGGAAAGAACUCACCAUUCACACUGUAAGCAUCAGAGAGCAUCUAAGCUGUAACUGUACAGAGCUCGCAAAGCUACAUCAUCCAAGGUUUCCCUCAAAAUAUUACAAACAAUCAACUGACAACUGAGAGGCAACCUUUGAGCUGGCACACAAGACUACAAAGCACGUCAAUGAGAAACAACUAAUAUAUUGCAUGCAUUAAAGAGGCAGUAUUCUCUUUCACUCUUUUUGGACUAUGCAGGCAUUCUUCCCUUCAGCCCAAUCCCCAAUGAAGGCCAUGUGGAGCUGGGGCGAAUGGGAUGUUUUGUGCUAUGGAUUCUUGCUCACAUUGGGCCCUGCCUGGUCCACAUGUGAUGUGCAAUAACGGACAAGAGCUUCCUUGCCUUUUCUACACCUCUCCACGGUCAACCCAACUUGCGACAGUCUCACAAUAUACGGAGAGGAGCGACCCUCAGACUGGGGACUCUGGAUAAGAGAGACAUUUUGUUUAGUUUCUAAGCUUUCAUUUUGCUGGUAAGGGGCUUACGGUUCACACUGAAGAUCUGUAACAAAAUAACUGCAAACAGAUAUAUAAUAAAGCAAAAAAAA